CUUGUACUCGAAUUUCUUGCGGAAGAAGUAGCUUUUCGUCCUUGUGUACAAGUGAGGAAGCUGAGGAAGCCCAGUCCUGCAGUCCAUAGAUUUUCUUCAAAAGCAUUUACAGAUUUGUUCAGCAGAGAGACACGGACAAGAGAGAGAUCUCCACAGUAAUCUUCAGGGGUGCAGUGUAGACAUCAAAGCUUUCGGUUGAGGAACAAGAAAUUUCUUGACAAACAUUUUAUAUUACGAAGUCCAGCCAUAACUCAAAAUGUCUAGGAGAUAUGAUAGUCGAACGACAAUCUUCUCCCCUGAAGGUCGUCUUUUCCAAGUUGAAUAUGCAAUGGAGGCUAUUGGAAAUGCAGGUGCUGCAAUUGGAAUAUUAUCAAAAGAUGGGGUUGUCUUGGUUGGUGAAAAAAAGGUUACUUCCAAACUUCUGCAAACCUCAGGUUCCACUGAGAAGAUGUACAAGAUUGAUGAUCAUGUUGCAUGUGCUGUGGCUGGAAUAAUGUCUGAUGCCAACAUCCUAACUAACACAGCUAGGGUCCAAGCCCAACGCUACACGUUUGCUUACCAAGAGCCCAUGCCGGUCGAGCAGCUAGUUCAAUCCCUUUGUGAUACUAAGCAAGGGUACACACAAUUUGGAGGUCUCCGGCCUUUUGGUGUUUCAUUUCUUUUUGCAGGAUGGGACAAGAAUCUUGGUUUUCAGUUGUACAUGAGCGACCCUAGUGGGAACUAUGGAGGUUGGAAAGCUGCUGCAAUUGGUGCGAACAACCAGGCAGCACAAUCAAUGCUUAAACAGGAUUACAAGGAUGAUAUCACAAGGGAAGGGGCAGUCGAGCUUGCACUGAAGGUGCUCAGUAAAACCAUGGACAGCACGAGUCUUAGUUCAGAUAAGCUUGAAUUAGCUGAGCUUUUCCUCUCACCUUCUGGCACUGUGAAGUAUCAAGUUUCAUCGCCCGAGUCUCUGACAAAGUUGCUGGUGAAGUUUGGAGUGAACCAACCUACCACCGAGGAUUCCUAAAGUCAUGUUAUUAUGUACUGUUUCAUAAGAAAGGAUGUUAUCUGAUCGAGUUUCACUUUCUUUUCUUAAUGUCUUUGGUAGUGGAUUGGAACCAAUGGAGCCUGUUUUUUUCAGAGAAAAAUGAUCACAUUUGGUAAUGUUAAUUUUCUUUCUCUGCAGUUGAUAUA